AUGAUUGGUCGUAUCAUUGCUAUUCCAUAUGAUAAUGCUAGUAUUCGUUAUGCAUUCACCCUUUUGUGUCAAACAGUCUUUUAUAUCUUCAAGAAUUGUGAAGAAGUUGCGGUAGUAGACGUAUGGUCUGACACUACCGAUAGCGAUAUUCUGAGAAAGGCUUUCGUGCAUACAGUCCGUGUAAUGUUACUACAUUUUAUAGCUGGUAUUCUUACAUGGGGUACUCCAGUAAUCCAAUUACAGCUAUUGUUAGCUAAUACCUGUCUUGGUAUUAAUGACAUCAUCGUUAUUAAUGAUAAAGUUUUUAUCAAAAGAUUAGACUUGUCCUUAGCGUAG